AUGACUUGGGAAACCGUUGUCAAAUACAUUAGUGAACGUUCUAAAGCAGAUAUUCAAUUAAUUGUAAUUUCGUUGAAAGAAGAAAUGUACAACAAAGCUGAUUCACUUAUUGGAAUAUAUCCAAAAAAGACGGAUCCAUGUAUUGUUAGCGGAGUUUUAACGUAUGAUCUCGAAAAUUUUGAUAAUAUGUUUGAAGGAGAGCCUCGAGAGUGA